AUGCCCGAGGCUCGAGAGCUUGAGUUCCAGUAUCUGCAGGCAGAUGGCUUUCUUCAAACUGAGAAGUCAAAACCUGGCUGGGAUCCCCGACUUCGGAACAUCUUCGUCGACAUUACCAAAGAUGAGCGCAAUACAACUGGUUCUCAGCGCUUGAAGCGCGGCUUCAUUGAUAGUCUCGCUUGUGCUAUGGAUAUUAAGCGUGGCUCGAAAUCUAUCCAGAAGCCCGUAUUUCCACAUCAAAUGUUCAACUCUUUCGAGGAUCUUCUGGACGCCAAACUGGAGCUUACUGGGAUCGAACAUACUGGCCGCAGCAUCGUCUUGGUAUUUGGUGAUCUGCUGUGCCAGCCACUCACCCAUACGAACAUACAGAUAUAUGACGCUGCAAACUGGGAAGCUGUAUACAGGACGUCGCACCUGCCGCUUAUCGGAAAGCAUCCUGAGUCCAAGAUGCGUACUUUCAAGUGCGCCCUUGCAUUCCAGGUCGGUGACCACGUCAUAUCCUUCAACACCUUGGAUUUCCUCUUUCAGGUGACUUGGGCAUGGGCUCGCGAGCGUAAUGACCCUGUGAAGGGCUUAGCGCAUCGUGACUUCAGCGUUCUCGACCAGUGGCCGGAGUUCGUCUCACUCUGGGCGACACUCAUUCAGGAGACCGUUACGAAGAAGACCAAAUCGAAAGGCCUGACGGGUUCGCUUCGCAAUUGGCUCACUGACCCCAAGAAUACAAUGUACAAUCCGGGGGUUGGUGCAUAUAGUGUGGCUGAGGUCAUGCACCUAGCUGGUCUGCCCACGGAUAUAUCACUAGGGGAUUUGCUUCGAAGCCCGUCUCGUGUCUGCCGCUACCUGCUCGCACUCUAUCAAUUCCUGUUUGUGGCUCGCUAUCGGAUAUGGGUCGAAUUGGUUCGCGCAUGUAUUCAUAACAACAUAUUGGCACCGCGCAGUUCCCAACGCCUCAAGUACGCCGACUAUCUCCAUGUGUGGGCUAAGGAUGUGUGUUACACAACCAUACGUCAUUACGACGCAGUGAACACAUAUAACCUGGCGAAGAAGGACAAGAACUUGGAAAACCUUGACGCCUUCGAGCCAACGCUUCUCAAGGAUGCCAUCCGGCACGCUCCUGAGCUUGUUCCAGUACUAUUUGGACAUCUCGAAGGCUGCAAGCUAUUCGACAAUGAACUGGAUGGUACUGAAACAUGGAUCGACAACCCGCUUCUCGCAGCAUUUCGGUCUAUGAGCGAAGCGAAAUUAAUCGUUCCGUCCAAGGCCUGCCUCAGAGAGAACGACUUUGUCACCCUCUUUCUGCCAAGCUCGGAGAUGAGAAAGCGCAUGCUUUCUACCAAGCUUUAUGCGGUCGCCAAAGACAAGAUUUGGACAGUCUUUGUCUGCAAGCACAGGGCGAACUUCAAGUUGGUCGUUGGCCUCGAGCGUACCAAGCGUAUCUUCAGGCUCGAAGUUCUCGGAACCAAGGAUGUCGCAAUCGGUCCGCUUGAAUACUGCGGAGUUGGCAUGAUCGUGAGGAGGAAAAGCGGCAAGGGGUUCUAG